AUGUUGAGAAAUAAGACAAGAAUAACGGAAAUAAUCCUCCUGGGGUUUGAAGAUUUGACUGAUCUCCAGAGUAUUCUUUUUCUGGCAUUUCUAUUUAUUUAUAUUGUGGCCAUAACUGGAAAUAGUCUCAUAUUUGUGCCUGUUAUUCUUGAUCAGCACCUUCAUACACCCAUGUACUUCUUCCUAGGGAAUAUCUCCUUCUUGGAGAUCUGCUAUACCUCUAAUAUAUUUCCGAGGAUGCUCUCAGCCAUUCUGACUGGGAACAGAGUGUUUUCUUUCAGCAGUUGCCUCACCCAGUGGUACCUCUGUGGUUCUUUCAUAAUUACAGAAUGCUGUUUACUCUGUGUGAUGUCUUAUGACAGGUAUCUGGCAGUAUGCAAACCACUACAUUAUGCAACAAUGAUGAAGACCCAAACUUGUGUCCAGUUCGCAGCUAUAUCUUGGAUUAAUGGAUUUUUAGUUAUGUCGCUAUUACUUAUUCUGAUGUUGCAGUUAAAUUUUUGUGGUCCCAAUGAAAUAGAUCAUUACUUUUGUGACUAUACCCCAAUCCUAAAUCUCUCUUGCAGUGACACAAGAAUGAUGAAACAGCUAAGUUAUGUUACAACAGCCAUGUUUAUACUCUCUCCAUUCCUUCUAACCUUGACAUCUUAUAUAUAUAUUAUAGCGGUCAUAUUGAAAAUUCCCUCCACUACUGGGAAACAGAAGGCUUUUUCUACCUGUUCAUCUCACUUGACUGUGGUGUCUCUUUUCUAUGGUUCUAUAAUAACUGUGUAUAUGCUACCAAAAGCUGAAGGAAGGAGAGAGAUGGGAAAAUUCUCUUCUCUUCUGUAUGUAGUGCUGCCCCCUCUGCUUAACCCAUUCAUAUAUAGCUUGAGGAACAAGGAAGUCAAAGAAGGUUUGAGAAAUAUAAUUAGGACGAUUAUACACUACAAAGCCAUCCAGUAA